UCCUGCCCAUUGGGCAGCGUGCUCGCCUAUCCAUCCUCUGCUGCCCAAAUGGCUGAUCUCGUGGCUUACCUCAACAGCAACAAGUCUGGAAUAACCGGCUGGUGGGUGGACUUGACUCUGAUUAAGGGAGAGUGGUUCUGGAGUGACGGAACGGCAACUACUGCAGCAACUUUGGGAAGCAAUAACAAUGAAGCCUGCGCCAGACUCGAUGCUCCCCCCAACUACGCGCCCUGGGACAUAUCUUGCACGAGCACUUACCGUUACGUUUGUCAGUACAAGGUGUGAGCUUGAGUUCUCCUCUGUGCUUAUUGUACUGGUGAAAUCACUUAUUUAACUUAACCGGUCAAACCACUUAGCCACUUACUUAUUGAGUUUUCCACUGUACUUAUUGUACUCGACAUUCCGCUCACGAAUAUAUUACAACAGGUAAAAUUAUCCUGCUCUAUGAAUUCCGAACGCACGUAAACGUAAUAAAUUUACCAACAUACAUGGAAUUAUUUUUUAGAAAUUUCAGAGAAUGUCGAGAAGAACUGAGCACCAUUCAUGAAUGAUCUUCUAAUUAAUAUAAUAUUUUUUAGACGAUGAAAUAUUCAUAUAUAAUGACAGUAAAAACACAUUCCGCCUUCAAACCUGCCAUGGUUUUUGAACGAGUUCAAAAUUAAAAUCAGAACCACGUCACAAAUUCCGUUUAAAUGUUCGAAAUGUGCAAAUAAACAGCAAUGA